AUGAGGUCCUCUGGCAGCAGCCUACUGUGCAUUCCAAAAGCUAGAAGCAAGACCCAUGCACUGAGCCUUCUGUCAAAACUUGGACUGGAGAAAUAUCAUCCCAACAAACUGACCCCUCAGCAUUUUAUAGAGAUCAACAAAAACAGUUUACAGAAUCAAACAGCCUCAUCUCUUGAGGAAAUACCAUGGUGUUUUCUGAGAAAUCUCUACAAAGUCAAUGCUGAAUGCAGGAAUUCAAUGCAACUACCAACCUGUGAAGAGGAAAAUGUUGAUUAUUUUGACCUUUACACUGACAAUGGCUGUGCAGACAAACAGGUUAACCCUCUUGAUGUCAUUGUUGCUCUUUGCCUUUGUGCUGACAACUUCUUGCAACAGGAAAUGGCCCUCAAGAUGUCAAUGUGUCAAUUGUCUGUCCCACUCUUGCUCCCCUCCAGCAACAACAGUCAAAGUACCCUGAUGCUUUGGGCUUUGAGAGACAUCAUUAAAGAAUGGUGUCCACAAAACUUGUCUGAAUCAAAAGGGUUUGUUGAAAACAACAUUGUGCAAGCAGAUAUACCAUUCUACUCUUUUGUGAGGCUGAAAAACUGCAGUUUAUCCAAGUCUCAGUUAUUGAAUCAGAUCUUCAGCCAUGGCCAACAGAGCCAUAACAUCUUCCUUCACAGAGAUAUGGAUGGAGGAUCAAUCAAGAGAGUAAUAGCUAAUGGACUGGUCGAGGUUUGCUGGUACCUUCCUUGUGGGAACGAAAAUCUUGACGUAUUUCUAGAACCAGUGGCUUUUGCCAAUUUGCGAGGAGACAUCUGUGAGUCACCUGCAGAGUUUCAGUUUCUGUUUCAAGUGUCAAAUGCUACAUUCAUAUUCCUGGACAAAGUUGAACAAGAUGAGCAUGAAGCUCUGAUGUCCCAAAAAGAUGUGCAAGACAAACUCUUCCUGGUUGUGAACCGCAAGGAUGGAAGCAAAAGCGAGGACAUGACAUUUGUCAAGACAACAGCAGAAGAGUUAAAAUUACCAAAGACCAGUGUGACAGUCAAAAACGCAAAUAUGAAUCUAGCACAGCUGUCACAAAGUCUUUGCUCAACCAUCAAGACAUCUCUCUCAGGCAUCAAAUCCACAGUUAACAUUGUAAAUAUGGUGGACAUAGCUGUUGAACUUGGAUUUUAUGUGGAUGAGAACAAAACAGGCGAACAAAAGAAAGCAGCUGAGGAGGUCAUAUGGGACAUUGGAGAUGGAAAUGUAAACUAUAAGAGGCAACAACUUCCUCUCCAGGGUGAGAAUUGGAAAAGGCUGUCAGAACUACAAAAGGAGGAGUGUAGACUAAAUGUAUCUGAUGAAUCCAGUGUAGAAGAGUAUAAAGGUCAACUGCAAGAUAAGCAAAGAGCAAUCAGAGAAGAACAAAGAAAACACAAAAUGAGCAAAGCAAUGAAGACCUUUAUUGAGAAUGUCUCCACAGAAGACAAAGUGAAGAGGGAUGAAUUUCUGAAGUGGAUGAAACUGAAACUGGACACAGAUUCAAGAGAAAAACUGUCAGAACUGCAUCAGAAAUAUAAAGAAGGAUGUGAGAAGAAGGAUCCAAAACUCAUUGCAGAGUUGGAUCAAGCUUUGCUGGACAGCUCUUUAGGAAUAGAGCAUUACAUGAGAGAGAUGGGGCUGAUCUAUGAGUUCUCCAUACAAUCACAGGAAACCACAUAUGAUAUAUCUGGUCUCCCUGGCUUGGCUGCUGAAAUACUGUUGGAUGGAUAUCCUUUAGAGCUCUUGGAUGGAGAUGCUUCCAACAUCCCAGAGAAAUGGAUAACAGAUGUGCUGAUGGAGGUCCACAGAAAGGUUGGAGAGCAAAGCAGACUCUUGGUUCUGACUGUAUUGGGUGUUCAAAGCACUGGAAAAUCAACCCUCCUCAACAUCAUGUUUGGAGUGCAGUUUCCUGUCAGCAGUGGGAGAUGCACAAGAGGAGCUUAUAUGCUUUUCCUCAAAGUUGGACAGGAUUUGAAAAGUGAGCUGGAUUGUGAUUUUAUUGUUCUCAUUGACACAGAGGGUCUGAAAUCUCCUGAUUUGGCACAACUGGAAGACAGUUAUGAGCACGACAACCAGCUGGCAACCUUUGUCAUUGGUUUAAGUGAUGUCGCCAUUAUCAACAUUGCAAUGGAGAAUGCAGCUGAAAUGAAAGAUGUCCUACAAAUCACAGCUCAUGCACUUUUGAGAAUGAAGCAGAUUGGCAAAAAAACAAUUUGUCAUUUUGUCCAUCAGAAUGUUGGUGGAGUUUCAGCCCAUUCAAAGUGCAUGACAGAAAGACAACAUAUCCUGGAUCAGCUCAAUGAAAUGACUGUGAUUGCAGCUGAAAUGGAAAAACAGCCUAACAUUAAAGCAUUUACAGAUGUGUUGGACUACAACAUUGAAAAAAACAACUGGAACAUACCUGGACUCUGGCAUGGAACCCCACCAAUGGCAGCAGUGAGCACUGGUUACAGUGAAGCUGUAGCAGAUUUCAAGAGAAAUCUCUUGGAGAAAGUGAAUGAAGACAGAAAAGCUCAACCCUCAACAAUUCCAGAGUUUUUAGAGUGGAUGACAAGUCUCUGGAAAUCAGUCAAAUAUGAGAACUUCAUCUUCAGCUUCAGAAACACCCUUGUGGCUCAUGCCUAUGACAACCUUUGCAAACAGUUCAAUGAGUGGGAAUGGGAGUUCAGAAAAGAAAUCCUCAGCUGGCAGAAAGAAGCAGAGGUAGAGAUCCUAAACACUGACAAUCAAUCUCAAGAGGAUUUUUUUGAGUCCAAAAAAACAGAAGUGUCCAUCAAAAUAGAAAAGCAACAAACUCUAAUGCAGCAGAAGCUCUCUGAUUACUACAAAACCAAAGACAGACACAUAAAUCUGAUUGAAAAAUACAAAGCCGACUUUCUCAACAGUAUCAGUCGCCUUGCUCUUGGCAUUAAAGAUUCUGUGGAUACUGCACUGGACCGUGCACUUCAGCUGAAAGCUAGCAGGAAGAAGUUUCAGAACAUACAGAGAAAAUACAGAAGUGUGAUUGAAGAGCAGGUCAUGAAGCUCCUCAGUGACUGCAAAGAUCGUUCACUGACUGAAGAAGAGCUGAAGCAAGAGUUUGAAAAGAUGUGGGAUAAGACCACAGCAGAUGUUUCUGGGCUGAAAGAGCGAGAUGUUGCAGCAAGUGUCCUGAACCAGUUGAGAAAAAAUUUCACAAACCUGAAUGUCAGUGAGAUUCUGCAUAACAUCAACUUAAAGGAAAUGGGAAACAAUCCAUUCAAAACUCGGAGAGAGCAUACCGAUUCCUGGACCACAAAGCUGAAACAUUUUUUUACAGGAGAUCUGCAGAGCGUUGCAGACAAUAUCAUAGAGUCUUGCACACAGUUCAUAAUUGAUAAAGUAAGCACAAAUCAAGACUACCAUGAGUCUUUCACAAAUUAUCUUUUGGAAAAACUUGAUGGUUUCCUUCAACAAAGUCACAAAGACCAAAAAACAAAUACAAAGUUUGAAACUGACCUGAAACUUCAUAUUUGUGGCAUUGCAGCAAGAGAGUUUCAGAAAAUGCACAGAAAAUUUCUGUCAGAAAAUGAUCCAAAAACUCAGCUGGACGAGCACAAAAACCAGUACCUGACCGACUUUCUGGAUUUGUACAUAAACAAGGACCAAGGCCAACGCAAAGCAAAGGAUUUUGUCAGAGUUUGCAUCAAGCCUGCUGUUAAUGACUUCAUCAACAGAUCUCUUUGUACAGACAUCGUAGAUGAAAUACUGACCAGCUCCCGCUCUGCAGAGUACAGCUCUCGUACUUAUUUCCAGUAUCACAUUCAGAAAGAGCUGCUAGAAAAAGAUAGCUUUGACAGUUUUGUCAAGUACAUUUGCAGCUAUGAAAUUUAUGUUAAGGAUUGGAUUUUAAAGCAAAUUCAACAAAAACUGUCAGACAACAACACACUGGGCAAAGUGAAGACCAAGAUUCUGCUGGUCAUAGUUAAAAGAAUCUCAGACGCCACAGAACAAGCAUCAAAAGAAGACAAUGAUGUUCUGUUACCAGACAAUACAGAAAGCGUCACAAAGUUCAUCAGCAAUAUGCAAAAAAUUCUGAUCAAAGACAUUUCAAUCUCAGAGGAGGAUGAAAAAACUACUUUGUUUACAAUCCAAAGCACCUGCCACACAUUCAUCAACAGCUUCAAGGAGGCAUUGGAUGAACUAAAAGAAGAACUAGAGGGUAAAUUUUCACAAAAUCAAAACAUCCAGGAGACUUUAAGCAAACUUUCAAUCAAACCACAAGAUCAACUUUUCCAGCGUGUGUUUGGCUGUGGACAGCAGUGUCCAUUUUGUAAAGUUCCCUGUGAAGCUGGAGGAAAACAGCACAAAGAACAUCAUGCUGCUGUUCAUCGGCCUCAAGGUCUUGGAAGAUACAGGAGCACAAAGACUGAAAAGCUGGUUGUAGCACUUUGUACUACGACUGUUCACAGUAAUCGUAAAUUCAAAAACACAGUCACUCAGCAGAAAAGGCAUCCUUUCAAAGACUACAGAACGUUCUAUCCAGAGUGGCACAUUCCUCCAGACAGCAGCAUCCAAGCUUCUGACUACUGGAAGUAUGUUCUGGCCCAGUACAAUGAAAGAUUUGCUGAAGAAUACAAGUCAAAGCCGGCUGAUGUUCCAGAGGCCUGGAAGAAGAUCACAAAGGAACAAGCACUGAAAGGCCUGAAAGAAGCUUUCAACAUGAAAACUGAUUAA